AUGAACUUUGGACCUUGGCCAGGUUACAGGAAGAAAGAUCAGAAGCCACCACCUGCCUUACUGAUCCUGCCAACACUGCCUCCAUUCUUCUUCCUUUUACUAACAGAGGUACGGCUAGUCAACGGACGCACCCGGUGCCAGGGACGUGUGGAGAUCUUCUACAACAAUACCUGGGGCACAGUGUGUGACGACGACUGGGACAUUGUGGAUGCCAAUGUGGUGUGCCGCCAACUCGGUUGUAGCCAUGCCAUCGCCAUGCCACCGACCCUUUCCUUUGGCAGAGGGCACGGGCCCAUUUUUCUAGACAAUGUGGACUGCAAAGGCAGAGAGGCAGCCCUCAGUGAGUGCAGCAGCCAUGGAUGGGGCAUCCACAACUGCUACCACUAUGAAGAUGUGGCCGUCACGUGUAAUGAACUGCUACCCACACAAUCAGCAAAAGGCCCCGCCAGCAAAACGAUCACAGUCUCAUUACAAGAUAGGAAAAGCGAUGGCAGAAUCCGGCUGGUGAAUGGGGCUAACUCCUGCCAAGGCCGCGUGGAGAUAUUCUACAAAGGAAACUGGGGCACUGUGUGUGAUGAUGAAUGGGAGCUUCAGGACGCCAGUGUGGUAUGCAAGCAGAUGGACUGUGGCCAUGCUGUAGCCCACAGGACCAAUGCCUACUUUGGCUAUGGCACAGGGCGCAUCCUCCUAGACAAUGUGAAUUGCGAUGGGAACGAGCCACAUCUCUCAGCCUGCUUCAGCCUUGGCUGGGGCAUCCAUAACUGUGGUCACCAUGAGGAUGCUGGGGUCAUCUGCUCUGGGCUAGGGAUAAAAACAACCAUUUUGCCAAUCACCACAUCAGUGGUACAGGACUACAAAGAAUCAUACACCGAUACAGUCACGGUCACUGAGGAUAAGAAUCUGCCCACCACUGAAACUGAGAUGGCGAUGACUUCAGCCCUUCUUCUGUUGGAAAAAACAGGUGGCGGCAUACGACUGGCGAAUGGGAACAGCAGCUGCCAAGGUCGGGUGGAAGUCCUUUAUGGGGACCUCUGGGGGACUGUUUGUGAUGAUGACUGGGAUUACCCCAACGCACAGGUAGCAUGCCGCCAAGUGGGCUGUGGCUCGGCCAUUGGGGCUACUGUGCUGGGCUACUUUGGCUACGGCACUGGGCCCAUCCUUCUGGACAACGUGGAUUGCACUGGCACAGAGACUGAUUUGGCCGACUGCUUUAACCUGGGAUGGGGAGAGCAUAAUUGUGGGCAUCACGAAGAUGCUGGUGUCAUCUGCAGAGGUGCAGAAGAACCAGGAGCUUCCUUGCAAGAAGAUACUUUUGCGACCACAACUUCAACCACUGUUCGUCCCAAAGAUGGUUUUCUGAGGCUGGUCAAUGGCAGCCACCGCUGUGAAGGCCGGGUGGAGAUGUUCUACCUGUCCCAGUGGGGGACGGUGUGCGAUGAUGCUUGGGACCUCAAGGACGUGAAGGUGGUAUGCCAGCAGCUCGGCUGUGGAAGUGCCUUGGCGGCCUUUGGAGAAGCCCAGUACGGUCAGGGCAAAGGAUACAUCUUCCUGGAUAACCUCAAGUGCAAAGGAGAUGAAACAUCUCUCCUGCGUUGCUCUCAUAUCCGCUGGAAUGUGCACAACUGUGACCACUCAGAAGAUGCUGGUGCCCUCUGCCAUCUGCUGUGAUGCUGUGCUGGAAGGAGAAAUUCAUAGACUUCCAUGUCCAUACCAACUGUAAGAAACUGAACUUCCUCAGUACCCGUCCAAAG